UGAUUUCAGUUGUUAGUUCCAUGGAUGGACAGACUCUUGAGGGGAUGCAAGCAAGAUCAGACCUGAAGGUUUAACGCCGAGAGGAUCUUUAAGCAUCUCAACAUGGCAUUUUUCUCUGCGAUAUUCAUAUUCGGACUCAGUUUUUUGUUGAACGGGAGUUCCGCUGAAGUGUGCCGGGGACCUCGAUGCCUCACGGACCAGGACUGGAGCACGGUGUGUGUGGGACCUAACUGCCAGGGGACCAGACAGCAGUUCCGCCCCCAACAGGACUCUCGGGUGUACGCCCGGUCCCGAGCCCCUUUGACCUCUUACGCCGACGUCCAACCUCAGCAGGGAGGCUUCGGCGCCAGGCGGACCAACCCGAGGACCGUCACCGCCGAGGUGUUCCAUCCCGGCUGCGCGGGCGGGACCUGCCCGACCACCGUGGCGCACCACGACGCGCCGAACCACGGGGACGCCUCGCGGGACUGCAAAGGGACCGGCUGUAAACCGCACCGAGACAAACCGUGCGUCGGGUGCGGCACGCAAAAGGGGACGGAGGGGAAGACCUCACCCGUUCAUGUUAGAGACCGGGCGGCGCAGUUUAUGGAGGAGAGGUCGGAACGUGGCGCUUGGAUACAGCUGACAUGUGACAUGAAAGCAGGUGCCAAUGAUGUUCCUUCAGAGGACGCUGUCGUCUUGCAGCUGCAGCUGUCCAAGGACCAGGAGAAGAUUGUGGAGGCCCUGAAGGGUCAGCGGGAGGAGGUCAAAGACCUGCACAGACUCGUCAGCGAGCAGCAGGGGGCGCUAGUCCAGCAGCAGAGGGAAAUACUGGAGCAGCAGAAGAAGAUGCACGACUACAUGGAGCAAGUAAAGGUGCAGUACAACGUUCUGUUGGACACCAUCAAGCAGAUGUCCAUGCAGAACCUCCAGGAGGAGCUGGACACUCGUGUGGAGGCUCUGAAUGAGCCGAGUGGACCUCACCAAGCUCAGCAGGCCCUCUCUUUGCACAAAGUGGACAUGGAGGCCAGUGUCAUGGAGGUCAAUAUCAACUCUUUGGUGGGCCGUUCCCUGGCGGCCUGUGCCGGCUGUGGUCCCGACGAGUACUGCGGCUUCGGCGGGGGUCGCCCUCGCUGUGAGAAGUGCACCGUGUGUCCUGCUGGCUUCUUCCUGGUUGCCCAGUGUUCGCUCCACGCAGACAGGAUCUGCCAGGACCGAGAUGAAUGCCUGGAAAUAACGAACCUUUGUGAAGAUGGACUGACGUGUCUGAACACAGCAGGAGGAUUUAGGUGUCAAGGGAUGACCGAGCGAGAUGCCAGGGCCGGCGUGUGUGGACCCGACUACUUCUUUAACUUGGACAUGGACGAGUGUCAGGCCUGCGCCGAGUGUGACGGGGAGGCAGUGACGUCAUCGUGUACUUCUACGGCUGACACCGUCUGCGCUGGACCUUCUGCCGGCGACGGCGUCCUCUCUCUGUCCUGGGCCGGACACGUGAGCCUGCCCGGCGCCAAAGGUCGGUCGAUGAAUCUCGCCUCGCCGGGUGUGCGGCUUCACAUCCAGGGAGCGAACGACGGCGGCCUGGUGUCGGCCGAGGAAGGCCGGCUGCUGCUGAGGAAACACGGUCUGGUCUGGCUGGAGGAGAACCUCUCCGUGAACCACGGCUGCCGCAGCUUCGUGCAAGUGGGCUUGCGUCUGAAUGGCACAGACGGCUCCGAAGGCCGCGACCUUGUCGGCGUCAGGAUUGAGCAGCAGGAAGUGAGAUCACUUCAGGGUGUCAGCAUGAGUGGGGUAGCAGAGGUUGCUCCAGGGCAUAUGAUUUCCACCUCCCUUUGGAGUGCCAACCACCACUGCAACCAAAGUAAUGAAGGUCUACAGCUGUAUGACCCUUCAGCUGCUUCCCUAAGCCUCAUGUGGCUCUCUCACGACACCGGUGCCGUCGCCAUGACGGCACAGGCGGUGCUGUCCGCACACUACCAUACAAUCCAUCGCCCGAUCUUUAGCUCCUCCUCCACUUCGGACCCUUACGUAGUUGGGUUGACCCAUGACGGUCGUGGUAUACGUUUUGCAGAAAGCGGCGCGGUGCGGUUUGUAUUCCAGCAGGCGUUGUACUCCAUGGGUCAGGCAUGCGUGAGUGAAGGCUUCCAGAUGUUGGCGUACCUCAACCACAACGGUACGGGCAUGGAGCUCUGCCGCAGUUUCAAACCAGGUGUCCACUACCGUGACACAUCCAUCUCUCUCUCCGGAGCCACUGCAGUUGGUUCCGGAGACACGCUGGUCUUUGAGAUUCUUUCUCCUGCUCAGUGCAACGUACGUUUCUUUAGUGACGGUACGGGCAUCAGUCUUCUCAGCUUGGUCUGGGUUCCGGCCGCCAUCUCCUCUUCCGUCUACGCCACCGUGGCUCAGACCGGACUUCCUUCAGGAGCUGUAAGAAACAAACCUCUUUUCUUCCGCCAGAGCAGUCCUCCGGUGCGCCAAAUGGGGCUGCCGGGAAAGGGGUCCGCAGAAUCGGCGAGAAAUUUAGUUUUCAGUGAGAGCGGCACUGCCAGUGUAGCUCUAGACCUGAAACUGAUUCACUCAUGCAGCUUGGUCAAAGUGACUCUGCUAAGGCUAAGUGGUCCAGAGGUGGGAGCGCGACCCGUCCCUCUGGCCCAGCAAGUGGGUGGACAUAUGCCUGACGGUAGCCAAUGGGCCAGCGUGACCCUGCGAGCAUCUUUCCAGGUACAAAAUGGCACCACAGUCUUCUUCACCCUGGACUGCGUACGGGGACGAGUCAACCAAGUCAGCCACCGCACGGGAAGUGGACUGUCAGUCCUCUGGGUGGCAGCAUAACAUCGGAACGCCACGCUGCUUGGCCACAAUCAUUACAGCUGAGUUUACAGAACUGACUCAUCAACCCAUUACUCAGAUUUUGGGCAAAGACACUGGGACACAUGGCAACAAGAGCGAAGCAACGUCAAAACGGAAGAUUUUCAACGAUUCCGGGAAGACUUUCGAUAAAAUGUUGACAUUUUGUCCGUUAAUCCAGAAGAACAUUUGUGAGAUUAGAAGUUACUAACACGGUCUGUAAUCAUCUCAAAGGUUUUAAUAAGGUUGAGGUCCGGGCUUUCGAGUUCUUCCACACCAUACUCAAAGUUGGAAUACCUAAACUGACACGUUUAUUCCAAUUGUUUGGAUACCAUAUUUUUCAGGAGUAGACAUAGCAACCAUUCGAUCUUCUCAAGGGACAAUACAUGGAUUACUUUAAAGCAGGGGUAGGGAACCUAUGGCUCUAGAACCAGAUGUGGCUCUUUCGAUGACUCUCGGAUAAAUCUGAGCUGACGUUGCUUAACACGAUAAGUAAUCACAGUGUUAAAAAUAACGUUCAAAAUAUAAAACAUUGUCAUGCGUUUUUUUAAUCCAUCCAUCCGUUUUCUACCGCACCUGUUCAAGAAGUUGCGUUAAUGGUAAGAAGUUAUUUAUUUAUUAUUGGUUAGCGUGGGGCUUGCCGUCCUGGGGGUUCUUCGGACCACCAAGCCUGUUUCAGGGUUACAAUAUUGUUUUAUUUUUCAAUAAGUCUCUCAGUUGCUUUCCAGCAAUUGUCUUUUUUUUCGCGCUCUGGCUCCAGCCCCAGCCCCGUCUUUCCUCCUGGCCGCUGCUUAUAACAGAGCGAUUAUAUAACAAGGCACAGGUGGGCCGUCUACGCACCUGUCGCUGAUUUCGAGGCCGAUCCUGGCAACGCCCUGCUUCGCUGCAGGCCCGCAGGCCACGCCACCCCUCCACAGUUAGCUUCAGAAUAACAAUGUUAUUACAAAGAAUAAGAGACCUUUAGUUUAGUUGUGUUCAGUGUUAAUAAAAAUAUUAUAUGGCUCUUAGGGAAAUACAUUUGAAAAUAUUUGCCUUUCCUGGCUCUCUCAGCCAAAAAGGUUCCCGACCCCUGCUUUAAAGUUGGAUUUCUUUAGUAUUGUUUCUUAGCAAGAUAUAAUCAAAUAUUUCCCAAGUUUGGAAGGCGUAUAGUCCUCACUUUUGUAAGCUACUGUAGACCUUAAUACUGUGUAGUACUGGAUAGGGCUGGGAAGGCUGUGUGAUUUUAGAAUGCAUUGUGGGGCCGAAGUAGCCUUUUUUGUUGUACUGUGGGAGAAAACUGGACUAAAAUGAAUCGAUCCAUCCAUC